GUAUAGGUUUAUUUUCCAUGGAAGGUGGUGCAAAAUCGAAUGAUGUGUCAGCAGCACCUAUUGCUCAACCACUUUCUGAAGACCCUACUGACAUUGCAUCUAAUAUCAAGUAUCAUGCUCAAUAUACUCCUCAUUUUUCUCCUUUCAAGUUUGAGCCACUACAAGCAUACUAUGCUGCUACUGCUGACAGUGUUCGUGAUCGCUUGAUCAAACAAUGGAAUGACACCUAUCUUCAUUAUGACAAAGUUAAUCCAAAGCAAACAUACUACUUAUCAAUGGAGUAUCUCCAGGGGCGAGCUUUGACAAAUGCAGUUGGAAACUUAGACAUCCACAAUGCAUAUGCUGAUGCUUUAAACAAACUGGGUCAGCAGCUUGAGGAGGUCGUUGAGCAGGAAAAAGAUGCAGCAUUAGGAAAUGGUGGUUUAGGAAGGCUCGCUUCAUGCUUUCUUGAUUCCAUGGCCACAUUGAACCUUCCAGCAUGGGGUUAUGGCUUGAGGUACAGAUAUGGACUUUUUAAGCAGCUUAUCACAAAGGCUGGGCAAGAAGAAGUUCCUGAAGAUUGGUUGGAGAAAUUUAGCCCCUGGGAAAUUGUAAGGCAUGAUGUUGUCUUUCCUAUCAGGUUUUUUGGUCAUGUUGAAGUCCUCCCUUCUGGCUCGCGAAAAUGGGUUGGUGGAGAGGUCCUACAGGCUCUUGCAUAUGAUGUGCCAAUUCCAGGAUACAGAACUAAAAACACUAAUAGUCUUCGUCUCUGGGAAGCCAAAGCAAGCUCUGAGGAUUUCAACUUGUUUCUGUUUAAUGAUGGACAGUAUGAUGCUGCUGCACAGCUUCAUUCUAGGGCUCAGCAGAUUUGUGCUGUUCUCUACCCUGGGGAUGCUACAGAGAAUGGAAAACUCUUACGGCUAAAGCAACAAUUUUUUCUGUGCAGUGCAUCGCUUCAGGAUAUUAUUGCCAGAUUCAAAGAGAGAGAAGAUGGAAAGGGUUCUCACCAGUGGUCUGAAUUCCCCAAGAAGGUUGCGAUACAACUAAAUGACACACAUCCAACUCUUACGAUUCCAGAGCUGAUGCGGUUGCUAAUGGAUGAUGAAGGACUUGGGUGGGAUGAAUCUUGGAAUAUCACUACUAGGACAAUUGCCUAUACGAAUCAUACAGUCCUACCUGAAGCACUGGAAAAAUGGUCACAGGCAGUCAUGUGGAAGCUCCUUCCUAGACAUAUGGAAAUCAUUGAAGAAAUUGACAAACGGUUUGUUGCUACAAUAAUGUCAGAAAGACCUGAUCUUGAGAAUAAGAUGCCUAGCAUGCGCAUUUUGGAUCACAACGCCACAAAGCCUGUUGUGCAUAUGGCUAACUUGUGUGUUGUUUCUUCACAUACGGUAAAUGGUGUUGCCCAGCUGCAUAGUGACAUCCUGAAGGCUGAGUUAUUUGCUGAUUAUGUCUCUGUAUGGCCCACCAAGUUCCAGAAUAAGACCAAUGGUAUAACUCCUCGUAGGUGGAUCCGAUUUUGUAGUCCUGAGCUGAGUCAUAUAAUUACCAAGUGGUUAAAAACAGAUCAAUGGGUGACGAACCUCGAACUGCUUGCUAAUCUUCGGGAGUUUGCUGAUAAUUCGGAGCUCCAUGCUGAAUGGGAAUCAGCCAAGAUGGCCAACAAGCAGCGUUUGGCACAGUAUAUACUGCAUGUGACAGGUGUGAGCAUCGAUCCAAAUUCCCUUUUUGACAUACAAGUCAAACGUAUCCAUGAAUACAAAAGGCAGCUUCUAAAUAUUCUGGGCGUCAUCUAUAGAUACAAGAAGCUUAAGGGAAUGAGCCCAGAAGAAAGGAAAAAUACGACUCCUCGCACAGUCAUGAUUGGAGGAAAAGCAUUCGCAACAUACACAAAUGCAAAACGAAUUGUCAAGCUCGUGACUGAUGUUGGCGACGUUGUCAAUAGUGACCCUGACGUCAAUGACUAUUUGAAGGUGGUUUUUGUUCCCAACUACAAUGUAUCUGUGGCAGAGAUGCUUAUUCCGGGAAGUGAGCUAUCACAACACAUCAGUACUGCAGGCAUGGAAGCAAGUGGAACAAGCAACAUGAAAUUUGCCCUUAAUGGAUGCCUUAUCAUUGGGACACUAGAUGGGGCCAAUGUGGAAAUUAGGGAGGAAAUUGGAGAAGAUAACUUCUUUCUUUUUGGUGCAACAGCUGAUGAAGUUCCUCAACUGCGCAAAGAUCGAGAGAAUGGACUGUUCAAACCUGAUCCUCGGUUUGAAGAGGCGAAACAAUUUAUUAGGUCUGGAGCAUUUGGGACAUAUGAUUAUAAUCCCCUCCUUGAAUCACUGGAAGGGAACUCGGGAUAUGGUCGUGGAGACUAUUUUCUUGUUGGUCAUGAUUUUCCGAGCUACAUGGAUGCUCAGGCAAGGAUUGAUGAAGCUUACAAGGACAGGAAAAGAUGGAUAAAGAUGUCUAUACUGAGCACUAGUGGGAGUGGCAAAUUUAGUAGUGACCGUACAAUUUCUCAAUAUGCAAAAGAGAUCUGGAACAUUGCCGAGUGUCGCGUGCCUUGAGCACACUUCUGAACCUGGUAUCUAAUAAGAAUCUAAUGUUCAUUGUUUACUAGCAUAUGAAUAAUGUAAGUUCAAGCACAACAUGCUUUCUUAUUUCCUACUGCUCUCAAGAAGCAGUUAUUUGUUGAA